CCUAUUUCCGGUUCUACUUUUUCGGCCAUUGUGAAACCUCGUACGUGUGGCGUGUUCGAGCCGUAUUGUCGUAUUUAUGAUAAUAACUCGACAGUAGCUCAGAAUGGACGUCGUAGAAGCUGAUUACCAGGAUGAGAACCAGGUGGUGAACCUGCCCCCAACAGCAGAACUGCCCGAAAUCAAACUGUUCGGCAGAUGGUCGUGUGAUGAUGUCCAAGUGCCGGACAUGUCGCUGCAGGACUACAUCGCAGUGAAGGAAAAGAAUGCUAAAUACCUGCCACAUUCUGCUGGUCGUUACGCAGCCAAGAGAUUCAGGAAGGCUCAGUGCCCCAUCGUGGAGCGCUUGACAAACUCCUUGAUGAUGCACGGCCGCAACAAUGGCAAGAAGUUGAUGGCUGUCAGGAUUGUCAAACAUGCGUUUGAAAUCAUGCAUUUACUGACGGGCGAGAACCCCCUCCAGAUCUUGGUGACUGCCAUCAUCAACUCUGGGCCCCGAGAAGACUCCACCCGUAUUGGACGUGCUGGAACUGUUCGCCGACAGGCUGUUGAUGUCUCACCACUUCGACGAGUGAACCAGGCUAUCUGGCUUUUGUGCACUGGAGCUCGAGAGGCCGCCUUUAGAAAUAUCAAGACCAUUGCUGAGUGUCUGGCUGAUGAACUCAUCAAUGCGGCUAAGGGCUCAUCAAAUUCCUAUGCCAUCAAGAAGAAAGACGAAUUGGAGAGAGUGGCCAAGUCGAACCGUUAAAUUCCACAUACCUUUGUGUUUUGUACUAAUAAAACACUUCAAUAUGCUAAA